GAGAGCAUUCCACUAUAGGUAGGUCCAUCUGUACACCUCACACCCACACACAGCCAUCCCUUUCCCCCGAGUCACCCAGUCGUCUCCCCUAUCCACACACUCCCAGCCCCCACCCCCACCCUCACCGUCACCCACACACACGCGAUGCAUCACUCCACGGAACCAAAGACGGGAAGCCACGGCAACAAACCAGACAGGGAGGCAGGCAGACAGGCAGAUAGUGAGGCAGCAAAGGAGAGGCCACGGCCAGCCAGCCAGAUAGCACCAGCUCGUGUGUGUGUCAGACACCCGACACACGCACCUCCGCCCCCCUGUGUGGCCCAGCUAACCCCGCCGCCCGACCCCCAGCACACUUAUCCCCCAGCACACUUAUCCGAUCCCUCUACGCCGCGCCGCCUUGGUGGCCUUGGCAGCCCUCUUCUGCACCACCAAGGGGACAGCACAAACAGCACCACACAACACACUAUACAGCUGUCGUGUUGGCGGGUCUGUGUCCUUGUACCUGCAGCAGGUGGUCUCUGUACCAAUGGCUCUGUACUGGAUGGCCAUGGCGCCAAAGUCCCGCCCCUCCUGAGUGCCGCGCAGAGAAGGCAUCCACUGACAGAACUCCUGCAGUGAACAAACAGACGGACACCGUCGGCGCCCCUGGCAGUCAGUGCAUCUGCCUCCUCUGUGCUCACAUUCGGAUGGUCGCGCUUGAGGCUGAUGUACUUGUCCGCGAAGGCUUGCGGUGGUCGCUGUGGCCGUCGGGCAUCUCCAAACCCAUCGCCGUCAGCGACUGGCGGACGGCAGCUGCCAGGGGCAGCUGCAGAUUCCCCCGGAGAGAACCGGAUCUCGCUGAUCUCACCUCCACACCGAGAGGAGCUCGCAGUUAUGAGCUCGCAAUUGAGGAAGGGAGACGAAGAGAGAGAGAGAGAGAGAGAGAGAGAGAGAACGAUGACUACGCGCACACCCGCCGCCGCCGCCGUGAGGCAAAAACUUCUGAGUAAGGGAAUCGCCUUGCCCGACAUCCAUGCCGACGACCCCAAGGAGGUCACGAACAAGUACGACAGCCUGAAGCGCAACCACCCGGAGGUGAGCAGGGCAGGGAGGCGCAUGCACCAGUGCGCAAUGGCACCAGGGGCAUUGACGACGUUCAUUCGUUUUGCUCUCCCACUGCAGGAGCACCGUGAGAGGAUGGAGUCGGUGAGGGGCACCAAGGAGGCGACGGAACUUGUCGUCAUGUUCAACGCAUACAAAGAGGAGCUGCAGAAG